GUUAAAAAAAGGCUGUUAUAUAUCCCAACACAUCCACAAACCAAACAUUCAAAAACUCUCAUCACACUUCUACUAGCCCAAAUUAACCAAAAGAGAACCGAGAGAUAAAAAAAAGCCUCAAAGCUCGUAGAUCGAUCUAGCUUCAUCAAUGGCGGAACUUGAAAACCCAAAGGUGAUGACAAGUCUAAUCACAUUUCUGUCUUCUUUGCUCCAAAGGGUAUCUGAAUCAAACGACAUCAACUGCCAAUUCCAAGCUCAGAAAAUUUCAAUCUUCAAUGGCUUGAGUCGACCCACAAUUACUAUACAAAGCUAUUUGGAGAGGAUUUUCAAGUAUGCCAAUUGCAGUCCAUCUUGCUAUAUAGUUGCUUAUGUUUAUUUGGACCGUUUUGCUCAGAAGCAAACUUCUUUGCCCAUUAACUCAUUCAAUGUUCAUCGCUUGCUCAUCACAAGUGUCAUGGUUGCUGCCAAAUUCAUGGACGACAUGUACUACAACAAUGCUUACUAUGCAAAAGUAGGAGGAAUCAGCACAAAAGAGAUGAACUUUCUUGAAGUGGAUUUCCUAUUUGGAGUAGGGUUUCAGUUGAAUGUGACCCCAACCACAUUCCAAACCUAUUGUUGUUAUCUCCAAAGAGAAAUGCUUCUAAUGCAACCACCACUAAGUACUUCUUCUUCUUCUUUAGAUUCUUCUCUUACUUUGGGAAAAUCACUAAAGCUUCACUUGUGCUUCAAUGAAGAAGAUCAAUCCUCUCAUCAAACACAACAACAACUAGCUGUUUGAUCAUCCAAUAAUAUACUCUUCAAAAGUUAAACAACUUGUUUUUCAAACUCUGUACGUAGUUAAGUAGUAUUAGAGGAACAAAAAGCUGUGAUUUUUAUUACUUUAUUUUUCAUCCAUAUAUUUUUGUUGGAUAAGUGAAUUGUUGUUUUUAAUUAUGUGAAAGUCAUCAUCAUCAUCAUCAUGUAUUGGUAUUUAAUUUGGGUAUAUGUACAGAUCAUGGGAGUCUAUCUUUUGCUUUACAGACUGGCUUAUGAAUUAAAGACUUUUUCUUUAUA